CAAUUAACAUCCAAAUUUCAAACUCCUCAGCCUAUUCAUCCAAAUUCAUCCUCUUUUUUUUAAAAAAAGCUUCAACCGAUGGCCGGAGGAAAGUCAAAGAGCAAAGCGUCCAAGAAGAAAGAGUUGGGUUUGUGGCCCUUCGUCUCCAAGAGCCGCACCUCCUACAAUCCCGCCUUUGUCCGGGCCUUCUACUCCACCUCCGCCGUGACGGAGACACCAUCCGCAGCAGGGCUGCCCAUCCGCGGUGACGACAUUGCGACGUACGGUGGCGACAGUUGGAUCUUAAACAACGAGGCGGUGGUCAUCCGAGAGCUUGGGAUCACCAACCUCAUCCACCACAGCGGCGUGCCGACGAUUCACUCGGCCCCACUGGACAAGCGCCUCCUCCUCUACAUCAUCACCCGGAUUCUUCGCCCCCGGGACAGCAGCCAUACCUCGCUCUUCAACGAGGAUUUGAAGGCGAUUCAUGCAAUCAUCCACGACGCCUCCAUCAAUUGGGCAAAAUUUGUCAUGAUACACAUGCCGGAUUGCGCCUCACUCGCCACCGAGCGGAGCUUGCCGUACGCCUUCCUCGUCAUGGACAUCAUCGUCUCCGCCGAUAUCCACAUCGCCGGGACAGACACGAAAAUGACGAAGCUUUGGAUGAUCGCCGACGGCACCUUCCGGAAGAAGUCCGGAAACAGAGACGGCGCAGGCCCGAGUCGUGCACCAGCCCCCGCUCCUGCCAAGGCCUCUUUGCAAUCUAUAGCCGAUACCCUGAAUCGGCUAACCCUCAUGGUGGACGGCAUGGGGCAGUCAAUUGAGCGGAUGGACUGGACGUUGCAGCGCCAACACCACGACAUGACUGCAUACUUCCGUGGACUCAACUACGCUCCUCCACCUUUCGACAGCACCAUUCUCGACCAAAACUUGGAAGGCGAUGAUGAGGACGACGACUCCUACGCUGCGUCCUCCUCUCCCGACGAGGCCGACUUUGAAGAUGCGGUCGACGGCGAUCCCAUGGACGUCGAGGACGACGAGGAUGAUGACGAGGACGCCGACGCCGACUCCUAGACUCUUCCUUCUUUUUCUUUUAUUAUGAUGGUAUUUUUAAUUAUUUCCGUUCCGUUGUAUUUUUCAUUUCCCUUUUAAUGAGUAAAAAUUCACUUUUAAAUCUUUUUGUUAAUGUCAAAAGGGGGAAGAUAUAAAGGUUAUGCAUUAAU